AUGAGGGUUGCACUAAUGGUGGCGGAGAAGCCAUCGCUCGCCGCGUCGCUUGCCGGUAUCCUGAGCAAUGGGAAGUGUUCGGUGCGGAAAGGAUCGAAUAAUGCAUGCUCCGUGCACGAAUGGGUAGGCCAGUUCCGCGGUGAAACGGUGCGCUUCAAGAUGACCUCCGUGUGCGGGCACAUCAUGGGGUUAGAGUUCGUCGGCAAGUACAACUCGUGGGAUCGCGUCGACCCGGUGGAGCUGUUCUCGUGCCCCACGGAGAAGAAGGAAGCGACACCCAACCUUCGAAUGCCCUCUUUCCUGGGCCAGGAGGCGAAAGGAUGUGAAUAUCUAAUACUGUGGCUGGAUUGUGACAAGGAAGGAGAAAACAUUUGCUUCGAAGUGAUGUCGGCCGUGUCCGGCUCGAUACACAACGUAAACUCCAACCGAGUAACGUACAGGGCGAAGUUCUCCGCCAUCACCGAGAAGGACAUCAAGUACGCGAUGGACAAUCUAAUACACCCGAACGAGAACGAAGCGAAAUCGGUGGACGCACGGCAGGAGCUAGAUUUGCGCAUCGGCUGUGCGUUCACCCGCUUCCAGACCAAGUUCUUCCAGGGAAAGUAUGCCGAUCUGGACGCGUCGCUCAUCUCGUACGGCCCCUGCCAAACACCGACGCUUGGGUUUUGCGUUCAACGCCACGAUGAAAUACAAACCUUCAAACCGGAAACGUUCUGGUACGUACAGGUAACGGUGGGCGAGAAUCCGGAGGUGAAACUGGAAUGGCACCGAGUUCGGGUGUUUGAGAAGGAGAUUGCCUGCAUUUAUCUUAACAAAGUGAAGGAACACAAAGAAGCUCUGGUUGAAGCGGUUACCUCAAAGGACCAGACCCGCCCGAGACCUCAGGCCCUGAACACCGUUGAGCUGAUGCGUGCAGCAAGCUCGGGCUUAGGCAUUGGUCCGCAUAUGGCAAUGCAACUUGCGGAAAAGCUCUACACCCGCGGAUACAUCAGUUACCCGCGAACGGAAACCACGCAAUAUCCAGCCAACUUUGAUCUGAGUGGUGUCGUCCGGUUGCUGCAACCGUCGGCGGAAUUCGGCGAGGAAGCAAAGGCAAUUGGGCGCGAUAUGACCAACCCGAAGAAGGGUAACGAUGCCGGUGACCAUCCACCGAUUACCCCGAUGCGACUAGCCACACGCAACGAGCUGGACGGGGACAGCUGGCGGGUGUAUGAUUACAUCUGUCGGCACUUCCUCGGCACCAUCUCGCGUGAUCUGAAGUAUCGUUCGCACACGACCAAGUUCCGCAUCGGAGGCGAACUGUUUACGGCCACCACCAGUGUGCUGCUCGAUCCCGGAUUCACCAAGGUGAUGACUUGGCAGAGUUUCGCCAAAAACGAACUCGGCCACCAGUACACGGUGAACGAGAAGGUAAAGAUCAGCGACAUCCGGUUGGUUGAAAGCCAAACCGGACCGCCGGACUACCUGACCGAGUCGGAGCUGAUCACGUUGAUGGAAAAACACGGCAUCGGGACGGACGCGUCGAUUCCGGUGCACAUAAACAAUAUCUGCCAGCGUAACUACGUGGCGAUCGGUGGCGGUCGCACGCUAACGCCAACCAAUCUCGGGAUUGUGCUCGUGCACGGUUAUCAGAAGAUCGAUCCCGAGCUGGUCCUGCCAACGAUGCGGUCCGCCGUGGAGCAGCAAUUGAAUCUCAUCUCGCAAGGCUCCGCCGACUUUCGGCUCGUGCUGAAGCAUGCGGUCGAGAUAUUUCGCCUCAAGUUUCUCUACUUCGUGCAGAACAUUAGCAACAUGGACAUGCUGUUCGAAGCCACCUUUUCCUCGCUGUGUUCAUCGGGCAAGUCGCUGUCGCGUUGCGGCAAAUGUCGCCGGUACAUGAAAUACAUACAGACGAAACCGCCCCGGUUACACUGCUCGACGUGCGACGAAACGUACACACUGCCACUGAAGGGUAUUAUACGCGUGUACCGCGAGCUCAAGUGUCCGCUCGAUGACUUCGAGCUGGUCGCAUGGACGAACGGGGCGAAGGGCAAGUCGUUCCCGCUCUGCCCGUACUGCUACAAUCACCCACCGUUCAGGGAUAUGCCGAAAAGCUCGGGCUGCAACAGCUGCCUCCAUCCGACCUGUGCUCACUCGCUCUCGACGCUCGGUGUUUCCAGCUGCUUCGAGUGCGAUCGCGGCGUGCUGGUGCUGGACUGUACGAUGGCACCGAAAACGUGGCGUUUGGUUUGCAAUGUGUGCGACGUUAUCAUCAGCUGUUUCGAGGACGCCAUGAAGGUGACGGUAGAAGAUUCCUGUGAAGAAUGCGGUGCGCAACAGGUAACUGCCGUCUACAAGCAGGACAAGUCACCCUUCGCGGACGGGGUUACAGAGAAGAAGGGCUGCAUUUUCUGUUUUGCCGAUUUUGUACCCUUGGUUGAAAAGCACAAAGCGGUGGAAAUGCGACGCAACCAAGCCGGUGGCCGUGGUGGCCGGAGCCGUGGUUUCCGCGGCCGAGGAGGCAAAGGUGGACGUGGCCGCAACAAACCUCCCAAGGAUAAGAUGGCACAGCUGGCGGCCUAUUUUGUGUAGUUUUUGUACUCCCUACUUUUUCAUUUUGCAAACGGAGCGAAUCAGGCGUCAACCGGCAUCAAGCCCGGCCCAGCGCAUUUCGCAUUGAGUUAAGGCACACUCUAUGGAAUCGAUUUGUGAACCCCCCGCAACCCAAUAAA